AACAAUCGAAAAUGCAAUUAUCCCUCAUAUUUAAUAACGUAAAUGAACCACCCUUUAGCGGCCAUGCAUGGAUCUCUUUAGCGUCAUUUUCGCAAUGGAAAUUCAAAAUAAGGAAAAAUGAUUGCAAAACAAAAAAAAAAAAAAAUGUAGAAUUUACACCCUGAACAACAAAAAUGCAAAAAAUGAUUGGUAAAUUUUGUUAGCAUCCAUACAACAACAUUUCUUGAAGAACAAAAAUUCACUUUUUUUUUUUUUUUUCUGUCCAAAGAAUUAUUUCGGGUCAAUUUUAUGUCCAUCCUUGACCCGCACCCAAAUUCUUGUAUGAUUAUUUGUAUAUGAGCAUUUUUGCUUGAUCUUGUUUCAUACAAAAACCCCAAGUGAAAAAAAAAGAAUUUUAUAUUUCUUUUUUGAUUUUUUGGGUGCGGGGCAUAGGUUUUUUGAAUGGCACGUUCAUUGUAAAAUUGUAAUUAUUAUUCUUGUUUGGUUUUAGGAGGUGGGUAUUCGAUCAUUGCAAAAAAAGGCUUUUUUUUAAUUUUUUUAUUUGUUUAUGGAGUGUGUUUGAUGGCACUGUAAUUAAGAUUUUGCAUGAAAUUUUGAGGUGGUUGAAAGAUUCUUGUAAAAAGGUUGUGAUUAAGACUUUUGGAAGUGGAAAGAUUGGUGUUUUUUUUUUUUUUUUUUUUUUUUAACCUGUUUGGAGUUGGGAGGUUAAUGUAGCAAAAAAAAAUUGAUCUUUUCGUGUGCCCUUUGGGAGAAUUGAGGAAGGGAACAUAAAGGGGUUUGUGGGGUUUAUCUAGAAAUAUUCAUGAAAAACAUAUUUUACUUCUUUGAUGUUCUAACAAGGGCAAAUGGGUGUGAGAGGAGUAGUUCAUUUCUUAGUGUUCUUGUUUAUGUCUUUUUUCACUUUGGUAGCAGCACCUGGAAGCAAGAAGGACUUAGAUGAUCAUUUACUUGCCAAUCUCAUCAAGUCUGAGGAGACUAAUAGGGACAUGGUUGAGCUACUGUGGUUGAACUGUAGGGUAGAGUUAAUACGUGCUAAUGAAGCUGUUGAAGAUCUCGAGUAUUAUGUCGCAGAAGAUUCAAGUGGGGGAGAAAAAAAUAAGCAUGUCGAUGACUUGCAUCCGCUAGUUAAGCAAGCCCUUCUAGGUUGUUUGAGGGAAAAAAAUCUCUUGUUUCUUAUAUGUGGAGAGGAGAAGGGCUCACCAAAUCGGUAUGCCAGGUGUGUGGAGUUUCUAUUUUCCUUGCAUGGAGCUCCUAAACGGCGCAAAUUGAAAGAAGCCCCUAAUCCACCACCUGCCCCUCCUAAUUCAAAGCCAUCUAAAUCAAAAGAUGACAAAAACUCAAAAAAGAAAUCUGCAGCUAAAGCCAGUAAGAAAAAAGACGCGGUUGGGGUUCCUAUUAUUGCAGCUGCCGCCGCCAUAUCUGUUCUCGUAGUACUUCUGUGCAUAUGCUGUUGUUGUAAGUGCUGUAGGAGAUCCAAAAAGGGGUUGAAUGAUGAGAGGCCUCUUCUUAGCUUAAGCUCGAGCGACUAUUCUUCAUCGCAUAAGUCAUCUGCUUUAGGAGCUUCAUUCAGUAAUGGUGGUAACCGUUCAUUCAAUAACAAUCCCAAUGAUGAUCCUAAAAUUGAGAUUCGAAGGACAGGACCUGCUGGAAUGCCUCCCCUGAAACCUCCCCCUGGUAGGGUGUUUUCUUCUGAAGCUACUGCUAAGCCAACCCCACCCCCACCUCCGCCUCCUGCAAAGCCAACAACUCCUGCACCUGCUGCACCACCUCCACCACCAGUAAAGCCUUCAUCUGCUGGUCCACGUCCUCCUGCACCUGGACCUCCUCCUCCUCCACCUAUGAAACCUGGUCCUCGACCGCCACCUCCCGCCGGUGGUCCACCUCGGCCACCUUCCUCAGGCUUGAAGCCACCUCGACGUUCGCCUCUUGGACCAAAUGCAUCCACAAGUGCUUCAACUGAGGAGGAAGAUACUGAUGCCAAAACCAAGCUUAAGCCUUUCUUCUGGGAUAAGGUUCAAGCCAACACUGACCAAUCAAUGGUUUGGCAUCAAGUCAAGGCAGGAUCUUUCCAGUUUGAUGAAGAGCAGAUAGAGACUCUAUUUGGAUAUGCUUCUGCUGAGAAAAAGAAGAAUGGGUCAAAGAAGGACUCCGCCCAAGAUGCUUCCAACCUAUAUAUUCAAAUCAUUGACCAGAAGAAGGCACAGAAUUUAUCUAUUCUUCUUAAAGCCUUAAACGUGACAACUGAAGAAGUUUGUGAUGCACUGAAAGAAGGAAAUGAGCUGCCUGCUGAACUCAUUCAAACUUUGCUUAAGAUGGCACCAACUGCGGAGGAAGAACUGAAACUGAGGAUCUACGCUGGGGAUCUUUCUCGGCUUGGGCAGGCAGAGCGGUUCCUGAAAGCCUUGGUUGAGGUUCCAUUUGCAUUCAAGAGGCUAGAGACAUUGCUUUUCAUGUGCACUCUUCAGGAUGAGGCAUCCCUGAUUAAAGAAUCAUUUGCCACCUUGGAGGCUGCUUGCACAGAACUCCGGAAUAGCAGGCUGUUUCUCAAGCUCCUUGAGGCUGUUUUGAAAACUGGCAAUCGAAUGAAUGAUGGAACAUUUCGUGGUGGUGCACAAGCAUUUAAACUUGACACGCUUCUGAAAUUAUCAGAUGUAAAAGGAAUAGACGGGAAAACUACGUUGUUGCAUUUUGUUGUUCAGGAGAUAAUCCGUUCAGAAGGUAUACGAGCUGCCCGUGCUGCCAGGGAUCAACGAAGCUUGUCUAGCAUCAAGUCUGAUGAUCUGCUCGAGGAUUUGCCUCAGGAUUCAGAAGAUCAGUAUCGAAAUACUGGUUUACAAGUUGUCUCCGGUUUGAGUAGUGAUCUUGAACAUGUAAAAAGAGCUGCAAUUCUGGAUGCAGAUAACUUAACAGGCACAGUGGCCAAACUUGGCCAUGCACUUAUAAAAGCGCGCGAUUUCCUAAAUUCAGAGAUGAAGAAUAUAGAUGAGGAAGAUGGAUUUCACCAGACAUUGAAGAACUUUGUGCAGAAUGCUGAGGGUGAAGUCAUGUCGUUACUUGAGGAAGAAAAGCGAAUUAUGGCUCUUGUUAAGAGCACGGGUGAUUAUUUCCACGGAAAUGCUAAGAAGGAUGAAGGUCUGCGAUUAUUUGUGAUUGUUAGGGAUUUUCUGGUUAUUUUGGAUAAGGUAUGCAGAGAGGUGAAAAAUGCUCCGAGAAAGUUAAAUAGCACACCAAGGAAAGAAAAUGUAGCCCUUACAACUUCAGAAUCUACCCUUUCACCGCGACCUGAUCAAUCCAUCCAUUCACCACGGCUUGAUCAAUCCACCACGACCUCUUCACCACGACCUGAUCAAUCCACCCCUUCACCGCGACCUGAUCAAUCCACCCCUUCACCGCGACCUGAUCAAUCCAUCCCUUCACCACGACAGCGACCGGAUCAAUCCAUCCCUUCAGCACGACCUGAUCAGCAUCGGAAGCUUUUUCCAGCUAUCGCAGACAGGCGAAUUAAUGAUUCUAGUUCAGACGAUGACACUCCUUAAAUACAAUUUUCUCAAAAGAAUCCCAGGCAUGGUAGAUAGAAACCCGGAGGAGAUUGACUCGUUGCUUGGUAGGCUAACUUGAGCGGAGCAGAGACCUGACAAAAGCUACGGUUUCAGAGAUGAUCUGCUACAUGGCGCUACAUCAAUGUGUCCUUUCUUGCAGCUCGCUUGUUGUCCUUUCUUGCAGCUCACUUGUACUUAAAAAAGUAGCUAGGAUCAUUCUUUUUGUUCUUUGAAAUUAUUUUUUGUCAAUUUUGCUGAUAAUUCUUUGUUCGAAUGAGAGUUGCCCUGUGCAUUAUUUUUUGGUUGUGUUUACACGAAAGAAAAUGUUGAUAGCUUCUUGUUCCGCCACCGAAAAUUAUUUGAUUAGUCUUUUAAAAAGCACCUGAUUGUUCUUUCCAAUUUUCUUGUCUUUUGCACUGGGCUUGGGUAUUUAAAAGAGUUAUUGUACACUUCCUCAGUUUCAUGUAAGCUCAAAUUAAGUUCUAUGAUAUUCAGCACAAUAUUUGGUCCAUUAAACUACGGCUGAGAAUUGCAUAAACAGUUUGAGGCCACUCUUUAAAAUGUUAUCCCUUUAUCUUCUUUUUUUUUUUUUUUUUUUUUGGUGCAAACAUAGACUCCCACUUCCAAAUAACAAGAAGCACAGGGCAAAAACAUCCAUUACAAGAGGGUAAAAUAAUGUUGCUUUUAAGGGUUCAAAAGCCUAUGAGAGUUAUAUUGGAAAUCUACUGCCAGAUAAUAUCAUGGUAUAUCAUUUCAAUCUACAAAGAUCUGAAAACGAAAACUUAAUUUUGGGUUCUAAAGAGUAAUCGUAUUAAUUUUCUUCCUUAAAUAUCACAUUAGAAUUCUCUUCCAAUGAUGCAAGUUUUUUUUAUCUCAUCGUUGCUU